AUGUUUACUUAUAAUUAUCAAGAUGAUCUAGGCAUUCUGUGUCAGGAAAUCAAUUGGAUUGUAUCAAGUUGGAAAAUGGUCUGGUUCAAAUUCUAUCCAUCUCAAUUACCCAUAUUCGCAGUGUGUUAUGCAUUGUUCUUGUUACCCAUAGGGUAUCUUGUGGUGAUAUCAAACGAUCAUGCACAACCAUUUGUUCCAUUUUUGAGUUCUCUUGGUAUACACCCACCAGAAAAAUACUUGUUUACGAUUAUCAUGAGUUCAUAUGGAUUAAUGUCAACUAUCAGUCAAUGGUUUUGGUUAUCUAUGGUGAGAAAGAAAUUUAAAAAAGGAAUACAUUUGGGAAUCGGUCAAUACAUCUGCAAAUUUAUUGCACUGCUCUAUACCAUAUCAGGAAUUUGCAUUGUUCUGCUGUCUAUCUUUAAUAUGAAAGAUACCAAUCGCUUACACUAUCGUUUAACUAUGGUCAAUUUUUUUUGCCAAGCAACUGCGAUGCUACUGGGUUCAGCACUUGUCUUUUGGGUUUAUCGUCCGAUGAAAUGGUUUCUGAUUGCUAGGAUUAUUGUCAUACUUCAGUUAUUUCUCGGAUCAUAUUUCUUUGUUUAUUUCAAUCGCGCUGGACUGUUAGUGUUCGCUGGGGAGAACAUCUACUACAUAAAGGAACAUGAACCGGGAUACACAGAAUUCAAUAAAUGUGCAAUCAGUGAGUGGUUCUGUAUAUUCGGUCUUAUAGAAAUCACUUUGAUAACUGGUUUGGAAUUACGGAAACAUGAAGAAAGUGUUACAAAAACAAAAACAGUUUAUAUGAUGUAG